GUGACCGAGGGGAAGGAGCACAUCUCUGGCCGGUUCUUGGCUUUCCUUCGGCGACCCGCCAGGCUUGGUGGCCUCGUUCCUCAGUAGUCAGCGCAGGGCGAGGCAGCCACCCAGAGAGGCCUUUUUAAAAUAAAAAUACAGCUAUUCCUCAGAGCUCCUCGCUCGCGCACACAUAGAGCAAACAGGCAGGCAGAGCGAGGGUGCGGCUGUGGUUGUGCACGAGGAAGAAGAGGAUUAACGGCCCGAGAGAGAAGAAGGCGCUCCAUCUGCGUGGCGGUUUUUGAGAAUGAACGGCGGCGGCGCAUGUGCCCCUGACCGGGCGCGUUCGUGAACGAGCCGCAGCUGCGUCGCCAAGGCUCGGGGGAAGCGCGGCGGCCGUGCGUGAUUUCCAAGAUGGCAGGAGAGAUUGGCGCGUGCGGUUGAGUGUGUGAGGCGUUCCUGCUCUUGCCGGGCCUGACCUCUCCCUUGCCUCUGCGUCCCUUCACUUCUCACCACUCCCGGCGUCCAGCUACAUCUCUGCUCCCGGAGCCUGCAAAGCGCCACAUGUGUUUCCAGUGGACUGAAAGAUUAUCCUGCCGGCGUUAAGCAGGGACUCGCAACUCUUGGGCUUCUAGCUGGAAGAAAUCUGAAGGCAGGCCGGCUCUUGGCGGGUCUCAGAAGAUGGUCUCCCAGCGUUGGGCUGUCUCGCUGGGAUUUGUGAGUGCCUGGAAGCCGCUGAACUUGGGCAACGGGAGGCCAGCUCAAGGCCACACUGGAAGUGAUUCCCUUGGCAAUACUGCUUGCUACCAAGUCUGGUAGUGAAGCCUGAAGAAAGCAUUGAUUCUGACAGCUGAAGCAGCUGGGAGGGAAGAAUUCGAACAGUCAGGAGACAGACUUGUCUGCUAGUUUGCCGGUCGCACAAGGGGGUUCUCGCCGCCCCUCCCUGACCCCAUGGAGAUGGACAGGAGCUUCCCUGGCUUCCACCACGACGGCAUGAUUCAGCGCGCCCGGGCACUGAAGAGCAAGCCCAAUGCCAACUGCCGGCGCAAGCGGGAGUUCAUCUCUGAUGAGAAGAAGGAUGCCAGCUACUGGGAGAAGCGUCGGAAGAACAACGAGGCCGCCAAGCGCUCCCGGGAGAAGCGGCGCUUCAACGACCUGGUGCUGGAGAACCGGGUGAUGGCGCUCAACGAGGAGAACGUGCGGCUCAAGACGGAGCUGCUGCAACUCAAGCUGCGCUUCGGGCUCAUCAGCACGGCGGCCUUCAUGGAGAAAAGCCAGCAACUGAGCACAGCCAGCUCCGCCCCCCUUGAGCACUUCUACGGAGCCAGCGACAGCGACGGGUACGCUGGGGCUCUCUCCCGGUCCCACCACUCGGAGGACUCUGAGACGGAGCAGUCGAGCCGGGACAGCGUCAGCGCAUCUGUGGCCAAGUACUCGCCUCAGGGAUCCCUCUCUGACUUGUCAGAUGGUUCCUCGCGGGGUAGCCCCGUGCCACAGACGCUUGGUGAAGUUCAGGCCGUCAGCCGGGCCUACGGGGAAGCUCCACUCCAGCAUCCCACGGAGCCCAAGGGCCCUGUUUCUCGGGGGGUCAUCCUCUUUAGCACCAACGGUUUUAUUACCAUGGCCCCACCCCAUCCGCUGCUCCCUCACCAAGAAGACCAGGUGGAAAGCUGUGCUGUCGAAACGCCUCGAAGUUCCAGCCCGGAGACCGAUGCCCGCUGCCAGGCUGAGGAUCUACAACCGCAACCUGACUACUGCUCCAAAUCCCAGAGCUAUAGCAUCGGCCCUACUUAUUUGGACAGGGGACUGGCCGGGGUGGAGCGCGGGUCGAAGACUCGGGAGUCUGUGUCUCCCUUUGAGAGCUACUCCAGUGAGGAGAACGGGGAGGAUCCCAGCUGGAGGUGCUUACCUGCCCCCUUCGCAGCGCUGCCAGACGCCCAUCCUGACGUCAAGACGGCUGCUCUUCCUCACAAGCUCCGCCUCAAGUGCCGGGCGCACAGCAGCGGUGUUCAAGAGCCGUUCCCUGGUCCGAGUCCGGCACCGGCAGCCUGCUGUCCGGACACCCCCGCCGCGUCAGAGUGGGAUAGCGACCCGCACGAGGAGGUGUCGAGCCUCGUCCGGCAAGCUCUGCUUCUCAACGACCAGCCAACCUCAGCUGGGACCCUGGAGAGGCUCUUGUGCCCCGCCAGCGGACUCCAUUCAGACAGUGCAGUACCCAAGGACCAUGUCGGCAGGUGGGAGGACAGUUGUCACGACAACGGCCUCAGGCCCACUUGAAGCAGGCUCAGGUGUGGGCCAAGAUAGGAUUUUUUAUACUUCUUAAAUUGAGUUGACAUUUUGUACGCAAAGAAAAAAGUAUCUCCAAGGUGAGUCUUGGGCCAUUUCCGCACACGCCCCCGGGAACUGCUAAAAUUUAGGGGGGGGGGGUGUUUCCUACACUGCCAGGCCGGAGAUUCAGUGCAUCGAUGGAAUUUGUCCUUCUAAGCUCAGCUACUGCAAGGCGUGUCACUUGAUCAAAGUUUGGGGCUUUGGUUUCACCAGGAAACACUGAAAAGUUGUCUGAUCGGCUCAUCGAGGCUCCCAGAUAUCCACACCUGAGAGAGGCGGUGGAUCGCCCAUGUUUACAUUGUUCUAUAUGUCAGGAACUCUUUGUUUUAACAGGCAUAUUUGUGUUAUAAAUAUUAAAAUAAAUGGACAGAAAACUUUAGAACAAA